GGGUGACUUUGGACAGAGAGAUUUCUGACGUGAGCCUGCCUUGUGCUGUGAGACCCAUCACCAGGUGAGAAGGGAUUACAGAAGUGUGCCAGCGUUCUGGAGGUCUGAACUCUGCUCCUCAGAGCCCUUGACUCCCUGACUCCCUGCUGAUAAAAGCCCAUAAAAGACAGGAGCUGAGGCCUGAGGGCUUGUGACCACAUACUUUGAGUCCUUGCCAGCAGGAUGGGGAAACAGAACAGCAAGCUGCGUCCGGAGGUCAUGCAGGACUUGCUGGAAAGCACAGACUUUACAGAGCAUGAGAUCCAGGAGUGGUACAAGGGUUUCUUGAGAGACUGCCCCAGCGGACACUUAUCCAUGGAAGAGUUUAAGAAAAUCUAUGGGAACUUUUUCCCGUACGGGGAUGCUUCCAAGUUUGCAGAGCACGUCUUCCGCACCUUUGAUGCCAACGGAGAUGGGACGAUCGACUUUAGAGAAUUCAUCAUCGCCCUGAGUGUCACGUCGAGGGGCAAGCUGGAGCAGAAGCUGAAGUGGGCCUUCAGCAUGUACGACCUGGACGGAAACGGCUACAUCAGCAAGGCAGAGAUGCUCGAGAUUGUGCAGGCGAUCUACAAGAUGGUUUCCUCUGUAAUGAAAAUGCCUGAAGAUGAAUCAACUCCAGAGAAAAGGACAGAGAAGAUCUUCCGCCAGAUGGACACCAAUCGAGAUGGAAAACUCUCCCUGGAGGAGUUCAUCAGGGGGGCCAAGAGCGACCCAUCCAUCGUGCGCCUCCUGCAGUGUGACCCCAGCAGCGCAGGCCAGUUCUGAACCCUGCAACCCCACAGAUGCUCCAGCUGCUAUGUCCCUUCUGAUUAUCUUUUUUUCUUUUUUCUUUUCUUUUUUUUUUUUUUGCCAAACAUUCUCGAUGGUGACGCUGUCCCGUGUGGUCAGAUGCACCCUCCUCCGGGGCACCUUUGCCCUUUGCUUUUUUCCUCGUGGAUGCUUUGUGGGAAUGCCCAGAGCCCUGUGCGCUUGUGGAAAGCAUGAACAGACAUUUGUGGUGUUCGUUGUUUGACGACUUUUUUUUUAAUAAUCAUUUCUUUUUCUCCCCCUUUGAUGCUAAUGUCUCUGUUCUAAAAACCUAAGACUUGGGAGCAAGAGAAAGGGAAUUCAUCCAGCCCAGUGAUCCUUCUUCUGCAAGCUUUGAGGGGCUUUGUUUGGAAGACAAAAAUCCCCCCCCCCCCAACUGGGUCUAUGACACCAGACGCUGAUUUCCUAAGAACAAGUUACCCUCUGGGGCAAGGCUAUUAUGAAGGGAGCUGGGCAUUCCCCAGGAGGCCCACCCCGCCAUCUGCCCCAGCAGCCUGUGUAGUUUUUAAGCUGUGAACAUUUCAAGGUAAAUUCAGAGAGGAGAGGGAAAAGAUGGCUCAGCUAUUUUUUCCCCCCAUGGGUUUACAGUGGUUGAGUUAAUAUGAGUUUCUUUGGAAAUCAAAACCAAAUGGUAACAUAUUCCAAAAAACCAGACCCAUCUUGUUGCCUAUGGUGAUUAUAAAGGACUGCUGUAUAUAAAAUAUUGGGUUUUGCAGACCAAGUUAAGUGUUUUGCCUUGUAAAUGCAUGUGUAGUGAGCACUAAUACAAUCUUACGACAGAAGACUGUUUUUAGUAGCUUAUUGUGAAGCCAACUGUAAUGAGUGUCUAAUAUCUUGUUUUAAAGUCAUUUCUGUCUUUGCACAAAUGUACCGGUCAACAAGUGUAUUUUAUAUAUUUCAUAAACGUAUAAAGUAAUUAUGACCAGGGCCCAACUUUGAUUCUGAAGGCUUUUUCUAGAGUCACAGUGCCGGAGGACGGAAGCAGGGCGGCUGGAAAGGAUUGUGUCCAUCAGAGAACCAGGAGGUCCACAUGGCUGAGGGGCGAGGCUGGCGGUUUGCCCACUCAGCCCAGCAGCUCAGUGGGGAGGCUGCUCUGAACAGACGUGGGGGAAAAUCUCUUCUGUAUCUAGGACACUUCCCAAUGGCUUACCCCACGUCCCUGGUUGACAGGGGGCGGGGGGCAUAUCUGGAGUGGUCAUUUCUUCAUGUCUCCAGUUACCCUUCAGAGUCAGACGUGGGACAGCUGGGCAAGUCGCCUUGAAACAGAGCAAGGGUGUCUCUGCUAGCUAAAGUCCAUGGUGAGAAACCAAGCAGUAUUUUUCCCUCACUGGCUUCUUUGAGUGCAGUUCUUCUUCCAGAAGUGACAACGCAAAUUAUAGGUGCAAUUGAGGCUGAAUACACAGUCACUCGAGCUAAGGGGAAGGAGUUAAAACUGCCCGUCACGGGCAAAUCAAAAAGUCUCCUAUGUAGCCUGCAUAGAGAGGCCCAAACACUCAAAGAUGUAGGAGGGUGGUCCUGUCCAAGAAGAGAUAGUAAGACCCCCCGCCUUCCAGGGGGUCUGCUUUUUGCCAAGCCACUGACUUCCUAAGGACAGAAACCACAACAUGAUAAAUAUAUAACCACAAGGAGAGUGAUGCUGAGCUUAUUCCAACCCCUAGGGUCCUGUGUAUCUCCUGAGCAUGGUAACUGGCACCAGAAGCCCACAUGUGUAUGGUGGAUUCAAAUGAGCCACUUAGUAGGGUGAAAUUUUGAGACCUGGACUCUUAAUUUUUCUGGGUGUUACUGCCCUAGGUUAUACCAAGGCUUGCCAAAUUCCUCCAUGAGCCAAGUGGUCAAGUCUGUUUUUUUUGUUUUGUUUUUUUAAAUAAGGUAUUGACCCAAGUUGAGUAGAAUGGGACUGAAGGGGCCCAACAUAUUCUGUCACUGGCCUUUGGGAGUCAUGCCCACUUUUUCCUGCUCUGGACUGAGGACCUCACAAUUGCUUUUCGUUCUCAUUUGGUGAGUGGCAUCAGUUAAUGUUGGAGAAGCUGCCUGGGUUGUGCCUCAGGUGGAGUCAGACCCAGCUUAGUUAGAACCUAACUAAAGCUGAGGUGGGAUUCUGAGAGGCAGAUAGCCAGAUGCAAGGUUCGUGAGCCCAUGACCACCACUGCCUCCAGAAGGAAUGGAGGGACAUAGUCCUGGAGCUGGCCAGCAACCAACCCAUCUGUAUUUUCUCCAGAGCUCAUUUUCUCCUCCUCCUCUCCAGGAAGGUGUGGACAUACGGAAUCCAGAGCUCUCAAGUUUGGCCAAGGGACUGCACAGCACCCAGAGGGCUAAGUGCCUGAGAACCUCUGUUACCCCUAUGCUGGCUGGCCAUUGUCUUUACCGAGUUUGGCCAUCUCCUGAAGUGAAGUCUGUUUUGUUCCAAGUCAAGCCAGCCUACGGUGUUCAAGGGACUGGAAUAAAUGGCUUAUGACUUGAAGGGUGUUACAGAAUGCUUGACCGUUCAUGCCUCACUUACGAUGGGGAAGGGGUGUUGCGGGUGAGGGACUCUCCCAGGAGCGCACCCCGGAAGGACUUUCUACAAGUGGAUUUCAGAGCGUCUAUGUCACGUUAUACGGCAUGGCCCCAUAUCGGUUGACUUUGUGUAGCCCUUGCCUGGCAUUAAAGCAUGUUUAUUGUUUAAUAUGA